UUCGCGUGCAGUGAUCGUAAUGCACAUGCGCUGCCUUCUAAGCGCCUGAAUUAAAUUCUUUGAGAAUAUGCUGCGCUGUGCCUUUAGAAUGUCUACAAUUUUGUAAUUUCCAAGUCAGUUCCAUUAGCUCCCGGCAUUGUUAAAGUGAAGAUUACUCCAGAAAAUAUCAUAAUGGCAGAAUGGGGAGGCUUCAUAUUCCAAUCACGGGAACGGGGCAAUCCUAAGAGACGAGGAAGGGGAAGAGGAAGAGGUCAAGGCUGGGGUGGGAGCAGAGGCAGGUUUCAGUAUCGAUCCCAACAGAAUUCAAGCAAGGUUGGACAACCACCUCAGAGACCAAGAACUUUUGAUGGCUUGAGUCCAGAGGGCAGAGAACUUUCUCCCCAGGAAAGGUUCCACACGCUACCCGAGCUUGAGGUGGGAAUAGGUUCUAAACCAUGCACAAAAGAAGAGGUUCUGAGUCCUGGAUCCAGCUCAUCAUCCAAGCGGAGCUGCACAGAGAUGGAAAACAAUGACGAGAAUAAAUCAAAAGUUCUCAUCAAGAAAAAAUGUAAGAAGAACCUUGCUGGAAUUUUCCCCUUCUCUCGAGAUGAUGGCAUAUCGACAGGAAAAGAAAUAAGAGCUGAAGUGAAAUUGAGUGUGUCAGAGGGAGAGAACUGGGAUGAAGAGAUAAGGUUUGCUCAGUUAAACAGGAGGCAGAAUACUUUAUAUGAAGCACCAGAUAUGGACAAAGAUCAGAUUGACAGUGACAGGACUACUACUGAAAACUCUAAUGGAUUGAUGCUGGUGCAGGAGUCAUACCCAUGUUCAGAGGCUGGUACACAGCAUUCCAAGAACCCAGACUGGGAUGUUGGGUUACCGAGUGACGAUGAGUUCAAACAGGUGACACCAAGAAAAGUCUUCAGAGAUAAAGUGGUUGACUGCCUAUCUAGUGCUGUAACCGAGAACUGUACCUGCACAUCAGAUGAAGACACAUUCCAGAGCAGAGAAGGACAACAGGACCAUGCUUCGUAUAAAUCAAGAGGAGUAGGAAGCUGCAGCAGUCCUACAGCUGGCUGCAAAAUGGGGCCACGUUUACCUAGCAAAUCAAAGUCGGAUUCUUGGACCUAUUCGGUUUUUAACCAAGGUAGUGCGAAGAAGAAAGGGAAACUUAAAAAGAAGCAAAGGGCAGCAUCGAUUCCAGAAUACCAAGGCAGUACUGAUGAUGACACUGAGCAAAAUACAAAUGCAGCAUCUCACAAAGGGGAGAGGUCAAAGAACUGUAGACAGAAGAAAGGGAAUAACUCUGCUACCAAAUCCUUGAAAGAUAUUGAAACAAAAGUUGGUUAUGCUAGAGCUGAGUCAAAGGAGAAUGAUGAGAUUGAAGUUGGGGUGGUUAGACCAAAUACCCAAGCUAAAUGCAUGAGUAAAUAUGCUGAAGAUGAUUAUGACAGUUGUCAAGCGGAUGAUUCACUCACUGAUGAUGAAAACUGGAUCAAUGUUGUGAAGAAGCUCUCAGCAGAUGGUGUAGAUGCAGAGGACGUUCAAGAAAGACAUCCAUUUCCACCAGAAUUUCCGCCAGAAAGAGAGCAGAGUGAUCAAAAUAUGAUGAAUGUUCCCUUAUCCUUCAGGCAAGAUUUCAGAGCAAGAUUUUCUUAUCCUCCGACCACAUACAUGCCAUACAAUCAUGCUUAUCCUCCAAUGAGACCAUCGUUCCCUUAUGGUCCUCCUAUGUGGCCAAUGAUGCAAGAUCCUUAUUUCUAUGGACCUGCCAUGAUGAGAGGAUUUCAUCCAGAUGCCAUUUCCAGAUACCCAAUCAUUCAUCGAUUUCCCAGAUGUAUGCAACCAGAAGCAGAGUCAAUUCCUCCUACACAACCUGUUCAAUCUCCCGGAAAUGAGUUUCAGGAUAGUUUCUACACUGUUGAUGAAUCAGCUUCAGGGAACACUUGUUAUAUGCAGAGCAUGAAUGCAGCCUAUGAUGUGAAUGCAUAUGGUGAUAGAGAUUACAGGGGCCAGGAAAAUGCAGUGUGCGAAGACAACAAGUAUGGUAACAAGGUUUUUGUUUCAGACCUUGACUCCUCAGAAAAUCAAUCAUAUAUUUCCCAGGACUUGGAUAGUGAUACAUGGAAACAAGGUCCAAAUGCAUCUUGGGAACAGAAGUCACCUCUGCUCCAGACUCCUUUACCAGACAUCCAGGAAGACACUGAGAACCUUGAAACCCAGAGUGACUUCAUAUCUACUGAAGAUGAGGUUGGCUCCUAUCUUCCAAGCCCUUGCGAACCAGCACCCAGAGCUACACUCUCUAACUUCUCAGAAGGGAUGGAAAUGGACUCUGUAGAACAACCAAACUAUAACUGGUAUAAUCAUGCCCUGGAAACCCCAGCAACUAGUGUUGGUAAUGCCCGGCGGAAAAGCAAAAUCUGGGGAUCGAGUCUCAAGCAGAUGACACAAGACUCGCCAAUGCAGAGGCAUGAGGAAGCAAGGAAUUAUGUGUCAGCGCCAGGCAAUCAACCUCGUGUCGGCCCACUGCCACCUUCUUCAUAUGCUGCUGUGGUGUCUGCCAAAAGCACUGAGCAGCCUGGUGGUCAGAAGAGAGUAAAUCUCAUUUCAAGUGCCCAUCUGGAAGAGAGAAGGAGGAAGUCAUAUCCUGAUGUCACAGCUCCUCAAAGUGGCUGGGGAUCUGGACGUCCUCUUGUAGAAUUUGUAAGUCCUCAGAAUAAUAAUGGGAUUACCAAAGAAAAGCCACAAAAGAGUCCUUUCUGGCAAGGAACCCCAAGUCCUGUUACCACAGAUACCAGUAACAAGCUAAGGAACUGGUCUGCAGGAUCUCAAGGAUGGGGCACAUACAACCUCACACCAGUUCCCCGCCCAGUCUCAGCACCCCCUACCCGCCCAGCCUCAGCAUCCCCUAGACAGAAGACAUUCGCAGAGAUCCUUCAGCGACCAAGACGACUCAGCCUAGAAGAUGAAGUGCGAGGAGAGGCAUUACCAAAAAUAAGCUCAUGGCGCUCAUCCAAAGAGGUGGAAGAUUCUUUAGAGAUCCAAUACCCUACAAGUGAUAUAGACUAUCUGGACACUCAUGCCCACAUUGACUUGCUCUUUCAACGGCACAUGUUCAAGCGCACAUUUGCAAAGUUCUGCUUAGUCAACAAGAAAGCAACAUCUGGGGAUCGUUUGGUUGCCAUCCACACCAGGUGA